AGUCACACACUGGCUGGCUUGUGACUCGCCUGCCCAUUGUGACAUGCCCCCUGCUGGCUGGCACAGCCUCAUCCCCUCACUGCCAGGCUUGGCUCUGGCAGAGCGAGAGCCGGCACGUGCUGCUGAGGAACGCUGAGCCAGCCGUUUCAGCUCUGCCACCGGCAGCAGAAAGUGGGUGGACCAUAUACACACCGGCUUUUGCCCACUCCUGACUCCAGGAUGGCUGAGGAAGUCCCCAAGGCCCCCUCAAAGCCCAUCCGUGCCUGGGAGGAGACGAAACCUCCCCAACGGAAGAGUUGGCGAAAGAGCCCACAGCGGAAGCAGGAGCUGUGUGUGCCUCAGCCCUUCCGUGCCGAUUCACCAGUCUAUUGUAACGCCUGCUUGAGGAGGCUAGACUGGGAGCACAAAGAGGCCCUGGACUACAUCAACGCCUUUCUAACGAGCAAUGAACAGGACGAGGCCAAGAACCUCAAGUUCUUGGAUUCCAUCAGCAGCCUCAGAAGCCUGCCUGCUUUUAUGGACCAAGUCCUGCUAGUAGAGAAGAUAACGGAGCUGAUUGAUCACGAGUCCGUCGACUCCCUGACCGGCGUGAUGCGUCAGCAAGCAAUGCUCGCCAUCAUGAAGCUGAGCAAAGUGAAGCUAUCGGUGUGGCUCCUGACACGACCCAGGCUGCUCACCACCUGCUUCUCCAGCAUCUUCUCCCUGCCUCCAGCACACACCAUGGAGGAGGUGGAGGCUGCUCUCUACACCAAAACGCUGAAAACCAUGGAUGAGAUGCUGAAGGCCUUGGUGUGUGAGGAUAAGGAGCCCAACCUUGUGGUGCUGCAAAACAUCGUGAAGGUCCUGCUCCCCUGGACCACAUCCAAGGAGGUACAUGAGCGGCUGAGGGCAGUGGGAAGGAUCAGGUGGCUGAUGGAAUUCAUGGGGUCUCAGUGCAAAUUCCAGGUGAGCAGCCUGUGACCCUGGCCACCUCCUAACUACACUGAACAGCCUCGCGGUGCAGCACGCCCUGGCAUGGAAAAUGCAGGCCUAGAAUAGUGACUCAGCAAGAUCCUCAGUAGGAGUCCAAUCUAACGAGCCCUGAUGUCGAUGGGUCUUUCCUCUGACUCCAGUGGGCUUUGGGUCGAGUUCCAUCAUUCUGUCUCCAAGGACUCUCCCUGCUGUUCCCCUAGCACCAAAGUCUGCUCUGCAGGGUCAAUGCAUUUACACAGGAU